CUUACGCGGUGACGUCAUAACAAACGCCAUUGCCGCCGCAAGGAGACAGUUGAUUGUGUGGCUGUGUGCUUUGUACCGGCGGAAAGAUGGCAUCCCUCUCACUGGCUCCCGUGAACAUCUUUAGAUCUGGUGCAGAUGAGGAGAAAGCAGAAACAGCCCGACUGUCUUCCUUUGUUGGUGCCAUAGCCAUUGGAGAUCUGGUGAAAAGCACUUUGGGACCGAAGGGAAUGGACAAGAUUCUCCUCAGCAGUGGAAGGGAUGGCUCUGUGACAGUUACGAAUGACGGGGCCACCAUUCUGAAAGCUAUUGGGGUUGACAACCCUGCCGCGAAAGUGCUGGUUGACAUGUCCAAAGUCCAGGAUGAUGAAGUUGGGGACGGUACCACAUCUGUCACAGUCCUUGCUGCAGAGUUGUUGAGGGAAGCUGAACUACUCAUUGCAAAGAAGCUCCAUCCUCAAAUCAUCAUCUCUGGGUGGAGGAAGGCAACCCAAGCAGCCAGAGAAGCCCUGAAGGCGGCCGCUGUGGAUCACGGAAACGACGAGACCAAGUUCUGUGAAGACCUGCUGAACAUUGCCAGGACCACUCUGUCCUCCAAGCUGCUGACGCACCACAAGGACCACUUCUCCAAGCUGGCCGUGGAGGCCGUGCUCAGGCUGAAGGGCUCGGGGAACCUGGAGGCCAUCCACGUCAUCAAGAAACUGGGCGGAAGUCUGACCGACUCCUACCUGGAUGAGGGCUUUUUGCUUGACAAGAAGAUUGGUGUCAACCAGCCCAAAAGAAUUGAGAAUGCAAAGAUACUUAUUGCGAAUACUGGCAUGGACACCGAUAAGAUCAAGAUAUUCGGCUCGCGAGUACGGGUGGACUCAACAGCCAAGGUGGCGGAGAUUGAGCUGGCGGAGAAAGAGAAGAUGAAGGAGAAGGUGGAGCGCAUCCUGAAGCACGGGAUCAACUGUUUCAUCAACAGGCAGCUGAUUUAUAACUACCCUGAGCAGUUGUUUGGUUCAGCUGGUGUGAUGGCCAUUGAACAUGCUGACUUUGUUGGUGUGGAGCGUCUGGCUCUUGUAACAGGUGGAGAAAUCGCCUCAACAUUUGACCACCCUGAGUUGGUGAAGCUGGGUCACUGUAAGCUGAUUGAGGAAGUCAUGAUCGGUGAGGACAAGAUGAUCCACUUCUCUGGGGUUGCAAUGGGCGAAGCCUGCACUGUUGUGCUCCGUGGAGCCACGCAGCAGAUCCUGGACGAGGCAGAGCGGUCCUUGCACGAUGCCCUGUGUGUCCUGGCUCAGACAGUGAAGGAGACUAGAACGGUGUAUGGCGGAGGAUGCUCAGAGAUGCUGAUGGCAAAGGCGGUGACAGACCUGGCAAACAGAACACCAGGCAAAGAGUCUGUGGCUAUGGAGUCCUUUGCCAAAGCACUGCGAAUGCUUCCCACGAUUAUAGCUGACAAUGCUGGCUAUGAUAGUACAGAUUUAGUGGCUCAGCUCAGGGCUGCUCAUAUGGAGGGAAAGACCACGUUUGGAUUAGACAUGAUCAAUGGCGACAUCGGUGACAUGGCGGCACUGGGGGUGACGGAGAGCUUCCAGGUGAAGAGGCAGGUGCUGCUGAGCGCGGCGGAGGCGGCGGAGGUCAUCCUGCGCGUGGACAGCAUCAUCAAGGCAGCGCCCCGAAAAAGAGUACCAGAUCACCACCCAUGUUAAUGGCGCCUUUGGUCCUGGAUUUGUCUGUACGGGAGUUAAGAAAGGGGCCGCGGGAGACUGCUGAAGACUGACCAGGGUUAGGAGAGGGAGGGCAACAUCUCGUCUAUUUAUUACCACUGGGGAUGCUGCCUUGUCGGGCAGCCUUCCUAUUGAGAGCAGGCGCUCUGUAGUUGUUGAGGCACUCAACAUGUUUUUCUUUACGUUUAGCAAUGUGGAGACAGCUGUGUGGACAAAUGUGUCAAAGAAUUAAAGCAAAACCUUCCUACUAA